UUCCAAUCCCCUCCAUAUCAUGUGAUUCAGGUGUUCCAAUCCCCUCCAUAUCAUGUGAUUCAGGUGUUCCAAUCCCCUCCAUGGACACAGGUGUAUACAAUCAAGCCCCUAGGCAUGCAGACGGCUUCUACAAACAUUGGUGAAAGAAUGGGUCGCUCUCAGGAGCUCAGUGACUCCAAGCGUGGUCCCGUGAUAGGUGGCCACCUGGGCAAUAAGUCCAUCCGUGACAUUUCCUGGCUACUAAAUAUUCCACGCUCAACUGUUAGUGGGAUUAUAACAAAGUGGAAGCCAUUGGGAACAACAGCCACUCAGCCACCAAGUGGUAGGCCACGUCACAUGACAGGGCGGGGUCAGCGCAUGCUGAAGCGCACAGUGCGCAGAAGUCACCAACUGUCUGCAGUCAAUAGCUAAAGACCUCCAAACUUGGUGUGGCCUUCAGAUGAGCCCAACAACAGUGCGUAGAGAGCUUCAUGGAAUGGGUUUCCAUGGCCGAGCAGCUGCAUCCAAG